UAUCGAUAUGCACCUAACGCAGUUGCGCAGCAAUUUGAAACCAAACGGUCAGAUCAGAAGACGCCAAGGUUGAUUAGUAGGAAUUUUAGAAAAGGCGUGUGUAAAUUAAGUGGAAAUUUGCUAUUCGUUUAGUUUUAUUCUAUAUAAAACGUUCAUUCAUAGCUCAAACCACACUCGCACACAAACACACACGCAGGGACGAUUUCCCGUUUGUUGAGCCAUUUAUAGUUGUUGUUUGCCUUAGCGUCAUUGCUAAUUUUUCGCGGUAAAAUUAAAAUUAAAGAAAAAAGAUCAAAUGGAUAUCACUAAUGGACCAAACGGAUCUCAACGGCAACAGCCGACUACCCGCAAAUCGAAUCAAAACAUUCAGGUCUAUGUGCGUGUAAGGCCAUUAAAUCCCCGUGAGCGUUGCAUACGCUCUAACGAAGUUGUGGAAGUGCAUUCCCCCAGAGAGAUAAUCACCCGCCACACUGUGGACUCUAAGCUGACCAAAAAGUUUACCUUUGAUCGCAGUUUUGGACAGGACUCCAAGCAGUGUGAAGUCUAUGCCACUGUGGUGUCGCCACUGAUUGAGGAAGUGCUCAAUGGCUACAAUUGCACGGUCUUUGCCUAUGGCCAGACUGGCACUGGAAAGACCCAUACCAUGGUGGGCAAUGAAUGUGCUGAGCUCAAGUCCUCGUGGGAAGAUGAUACUGAGAUUGGAAUGAUUCCCCGUGCUUUGAGUCAUCUGUUCGAUGAGCUUCGCAUGAUGGAAGUGGAAUUCACUAUGCGCAUCUCAUAUCUUGAGCUAUACAAUGAGGAGCUCUGCGACUUGCUGUCUACUGAUGACUCUAUUAAAAUUCGUAUCUUUGAUGACAGCACAAAGAAGGGUUCCGUUAUCAUUCAGGGUCUUGAGGAGAUUCCCGUGCAUAGUAAGGACGAUGUUUACAAGUUGCUGGAGAAGGGCAAGGAGCGUCGCAGGACAGCUACAACACUGAUGAAUGCUCAAUCGUCACGUUCCCAUACGGUAUUCUCCAUGGUUGUUCACAUUCGAGAGAAUGGCAUUGAUGGUGAUGAUAUGCUAAAGAUUGGCAAGUUAAAUCUAGUGGAUUUGGCUGGAAGUGAAAAUGUCUCCAAGGCGGGCAAUGAGAAAGCAAUACGUGUAAGGGAGACAGUCAAUAUUAAUCAAAGUCUGUUGACUUUGGGUCGUGUUAUUACAGCAUUGGUAGAUCGAGCUCCGCAUGUUCCCUAUCGUGAGUCCAAGUUAACUCGUCUCCUGCAAGAGUCAUUGGGUGGUAGAACAAAAACUUCGAUUAUAGCUACUAUUUCGCCUGGGCACAAGGAUAUUGAGGAAACUCUUAGUACAUUGGAAUAUGCCCAUAGGGCUAAAAAUAUUCAAAACAAGCCCGAAGUUAAUCAGAAGUUGACCAAAAAGACGGUUCUCAAAGAGUACACCGAAGAGAUUGACAAACUGAAACGGGAUUUGAUGGCGGCCAGGGAUAAGAAUGGCAUUUACUUGGCCGAGGAAACCUACAAUGAGAUCCAUCUUAAAAUGGAGUCGCAGAAUAGGGAGUUAAAUGAGAAAAUGCUUUUGCUCAAGGCUCUUAAGGACGAGCUGCAAAACAAAGAGAAGAUAUUCAAUGAAAUCAGCAUGAGCUUGUUAACAAAAACAAAAGCGUUGCAGAAAACGAAGAAGGUCCUGACCAAGACCAAGAGGCGCUACAAGGAGAAAAAAGAGCUGUUGGCUUCACAUGUGAAAACCGAAGAGCAGUUGACUAGUCAAGCUCAUCAAAUUCUGGAUGUUGCUAAUAUAGCUACCCAAGAUACCAAUCAAUUGCAUUACACCAUUGAAAAGCGUCGCAAUGUGGAUGAGCAGAUACGAAAUGCCUGUGAUCAAUUCAAGGAACGCAUGCAAGAGCAUCUGGAUACGAUUGAAAGAAACCUGUGUUCGUUUGAAAGCCAGCAGAUCGAUACGAACGAGAAGUUAACUACAGAGUUGUCCAAAUGUAAUAACGUCAAUAAGCAGAUUGUAGCCAAUUCUACUAACAGCAUACUCACCUUAAAGAAUUUUUGCCAGAAAGCCUUGAAUGAUCAAUAUGAAUUUCAAAGCGGUGAGGUGUCAAAGAUUGCCAGCUCUUGUGAUGAGCAUACACAGAAAACGGUCCAACAGAUGGUCAAGCAGAUCAAGCAACUGGAAGUGCAUCUGCAGCAGAAGAUUCAAGAUACUUUGUUAGAGCUGGAGAAGAAUAAUGAGCAUCACAAAUCGAGCCUGGACGUCAUGCAAGAGAAAUUUUCCGAAAUAAUUGAACAGAAUAAUGCAUGCUUAAGUAAACAUGUAAACCAAAUCGUAAAACAGCUCGAUGAACUAAACGAACUGAAUUUUAUCGAUGCGGAGCAGCUGCAGCUAAUGCAGACUGAGUUUGCAGCUGAGCGAAAAUUGGCCGAACAAGAGGAAGCUCUUAUGAAACAAUUGCACGAGGUUAAGCAGUUGAGAGUUGAGAAACUUGCCGGCAUGUGCAGUCGCGUCUCGCAAUUGGAAAAAGGUCGCAUGGCUAAGCAGACCAUAGGAGAACACACAAGGGCUGAAAUUCUUAGCAAUCAAAAAUUGGCAACUGCCAUUAGUCAAACUGCGAAAGAUGAGCUUACAAGUCAGUUCGAGGCUGUUAAUGUUUGUCUAGACCAAGCCAUUGGUAAAUGUUCGACGCUUCAGGUGCAGGUGAAGAAUCUCCAUACGGAGCAGACCAAGCAGACAGAGGCCCAUGUGGAAGCUUGCCAACAACAUAAUAGACAUUUGCAAGAUAAGUUGCAGCAUCAUGGGGAGUUCCUUAAGAGUUCUGCCGAAAAGUAUUACCGCCAACUAGAACAAAGAAAUGAAGAGAUGCAGCAAACCAUCAUGAAUGACGUCCAUAUGGUCAAUGGCAUAAUGCUGAUUGCUGACAUGAAAGCAACGGAAAUGAAAAAUCAAGUCACUGAUCAUGCCACCAAUCAACGAUCCCAAUUCCAGACUUGCCAAUCGCAACUAGAUCAAUUCUAUCAAAAGGAAUUUAAGACAUAUACGCCCACUGGAACCACACCAUCGAAACGAACCUUUGUCUAUCCUCGUAAUUUGGUGUGUACCUUGCCGCAUCAGGAUAUUGUUAAAAGGUAUCGCCAAGAGCAGGAUUGGUCCGAUCUGGACACCACAGCCCCCAUAGACGAGCUCAGCGAUGAUGAUGAACACGAUCAAUCUCUGCAGUCAGUGCAGGAGUUAUCCGAAACGGAAACCAUUAUGAAUUCCACACCCAUUGACUCGGAUGGUGUUAACACAAAGCGUCGCAAUGGCAAAUCAACAACCAACAACAACAGUUUAAAGCCACCGCAAAGUAGCAGUUCCCGGAACAACUCUUUGUCCCGUUCCCUAACCCCCAAUAAGCUGUCGCCUCGAAGUUCUCCAUUAUAUCGUCAGAAUAACAAAGAGAAUGUGAACUGAUGACUGAACGCUUCAGUUUGGUGUAGCAGUUAAUCACAGUUAUUUCAUAUUUUAGAUGUAAUCUGUUCCUUUCUUAUGUACGUACAUAGAUGUUUUUUUUUUUUGUUUGUUUUUUAAUUUUGCACUUCUUUAAAUUUAAGUUGCAUCCCAUUCACAUUUGAAUCUUAUCAUUACUGCACCGUGAAAUCAAAAAAGGAAUAAUAAACUUUGUAUUAUAUAUUAUA